UUUCUAUGUUUACCAAAAUAAGGUAGUUACCGGUAACUUUUCCGUCGGAGUGUACCCAGGGUUCCUAUAAUAAUUUGAUAGUAAUCUUAGUGUAGGAAUUGUAGCAUAUCUAACCUAAAUUCGGUGUGUUCAUUUAUGCCUGUCUGAUAAGAGUUAUUUCGAUUUGCAGAGCUGUUUGAAAUACUAUUGUAUUUUUACGAAAUAGUGGCGUGUUGAAUACUAAACGACCAUAAUAUGAGAUUUGUAUCAAAAUUAUUAUGAGAACCCUUGUAUAUUUGUUUUUCUGUGCCGUUGUGUCCAGUCUUUUAUAUGGAACUGCAGCUCAGGUACUACAUUCUGUCAGUGGAGAAGUGUCAAGUGGAAAUUAUACCUAUUACAGUUUAAUGUAUAAGGGCCCAAUUACAUUAUAUUUGUAUUCCACGUCAGGCGAUGCUGAUAUUUAUGUUUCACAGUUUGUAAAUAAACCAUCCUUUGAACCAGAUAAUUACUGUUUACAAUCAUCUACUUGUGGCUUAGACGUUAUUCAUAUACCAAAGAGUUUCAACAGACCAGUGGGAAUUGCUGUUUACGGACAUCCAUCACAUGAAUUUAGUGAAUAUUAUCUGGACGUAGUUUAUAGACAAAGCAAAGACGCUUACGUUUUUGAAGAGGACGAAGAUUUUUACCCUGAAGACAAUCCAUCUGAAGAAGAAGAAGAAACUCCUCAGAGCUCACCUGAGGUACCACACAUAGCACAUGAGUUAUUUAAUUGUAUUUAG